GCAAUGGAUGGGAUGCUAGGUGCGCUGCAGGUUGAGAGGGUCAAACAGUGUAUAAAUUCAAAGUAUAUUCAUUCUGCGGUAAAGUAAACAUGGAAGACCGUUAUCAUAAAAUAGUUAAUCCCUCUCCGAAGUGUCAGUGAGGCGAACGAGACAGUAACGCGGAUGUUUGGACUAUGCAUUACUCUACUGAAGAAGGUGCCAGAAGCAGAAGUGAAUAGAAAGACAGCAGAUUAAGCUCUGAAAAUCCUGUCAUGACAUUGUUGAGCCUUUAGCAUCCAACACGAGUACAGUUGAAUCAAAGAAACCUCAAUCUAGAUCUGAAACAGUCGUUAGAGACAGUGGACCAUGGCCGAGACAAAAUAAAAUCCUGUUUCAGCUCUGUUGCAUAUCUGACUCAGACCUGCCCCUCCAGCUGAAAGGAUACCCACAACACCUUGCUCUCAUGUGACCCUCCAUCAUCUCCACUCUGAUCAUCUCUCCCAGAUGCACCGAACACAGAACCACCGAAGCAAAGAGAAAUACCUCAAAAGAAAGAAGGGGUUCCUGUCUUCAGUCAAGGGAGUCUCUCAUCUCUCCAGGCGAGCCAAGAGACGCCUCUGUUGUAAAUUACAGCUUUGGAUGUGGAGGAAGCGGAGGGAGAGAUGCGGUCUUGGGAUUUUCAGAACAAAGAAAAGAGCGUGUGGGAUCAGCUCCGGUCUCUGCCUCAGCGUGAAGACACAAUCACAGAGAAAUAAAAGCAAAGUCCCGUCAUACCGCGCACCAAACACAGACAAUCCUAUCCGAACAGCAGCUCUCGGGUGUGACGCUGGAGGUUUGGAGGACUCACUCAGCCUCCCGAAGGAGGACUGUGAAUCUGUCGGUGUGUCAGAAACCCUCACUGCUCCCAGUUCCUCCCAGAACCUGGUUUCUUCGGGUAACAUCAGUCACACCGUGCCCACAGCGAUGGUGCCGUCUCAGAGAACAGAAACCGCGGUGCAGCCCGGUGAAAUGACCCACCCUUUAAAACUUUCUCACACUGUCAAACCCCCGCUGAGCUCACACAGCGAUGCGUGUGUGUUAACUACACAUUUUAGAGAACAGAGGACAUUGACAGCAGCUCAAAGGCUUGAGGUUGACGGUCCGUUGGGACAGUUUACUGCUGUCCCUCCCGGUCAGGAAAAGGCUCCAAACAGAGACACUGAUGAGAGAAUCGCCAGUAAAAAGACGGCGUCUUCUCCAACUGAUAUCAGACUACUGAAAAAGGACAUCCGUGAAUUCCUCGAGGACUUCUACAGAAUAUAUGGAAGUUUCAUCCCAUUACAGAAGAGUGACGUGUUGCGACACCUGGAGAGGAAGUUUAACACCGACUUCAGCGACAGGAAGAACGCCAUCUUCUCAGAAGUUACCAAAUACAGAACGGCGAUCGUUCAGAAGCCUGUUCCUUCCUUCCAGGUGGUCUACAAGAAACACACGCUGACAAUGGAGGACUUGUCUACGCUGGCAGACCAGAACUGGCUCAAUGACCAGGUCAUGAACAUGUACGGAGAACUGAUCAUGGAAUCUGCACAUCACAAGGUCCAUUUUCACAACAGCUUCUUCCACAGGCAGCUCAUGACUAAAGGAUACGACGGAGUUAAGAGAUGGACCAAACAGGUAGAUUUGUUUUCUAAGAGUUUGCUUCUGGUGCCGAUCCACCUGGAGGUCCACUGGUGUCUGGUGACGGCUGAUGUCGUGAAAAAGAAGAUCUGCCUUUAUGACUCUCAAGGGAUCGCACUUCAGAAGGUUGCAAGGAACAUCCUGAAAUACUUGAUGAGAGAAGCAAAGGAGAAGAAGCAAGCAGCUUUUGAAAGCGGUUGGGCGGUGUCGUUUGAUGAGAUAAUCCCACAACAGACCAAUGAACAUGACUGUGGAGUUUUUGUGCUGGAGUAUUCUAGAUGCCUUGCUUUGGCCAAACCUCUGCAGUUUUCACAGAAGGACAUACCAAAGAUACGCAAAAGGAUCUACAGAGAGCUGUGUGACUGUACGCUCCAUGACCACGGCUGACGACCGUCUUACAGUUUUGUACGUGUGUUGCUGCUAAUCUGUGCUGCUUCUCUUUAGGGUAGGAAAUCAACAGCACACUCGUUAGCAGCGGUGCAGCAGCCUUACAGCACUGAGUGCACACGGCUGACCCCUGUAGUCUUAUAUCAGAUGCACUGUCCAUAAUCCUUGUAUGAUUACUGUAUUUAUAUGAUCAAUAUUUAAUCAGGCAUGUUAUUAAGAAAAAGAUUCUUCAUGUUCUCUGGAAUUUACACAUCUACAGUGCACCAAUAGAGCCUUACAAAUUGGACUGCCUGUUGAAAUGUAAUCUAAUAUAAUAAAAGUGUGUUAUUUCUUUUCUAA